CACUUUCAAGAUGGCGGAUCCCGAGGCGCUCAGCCUGCUGGAAAACCAGAAACGACCGAAUCGCCGCUCGGAUAAGACCUAUGGCAAGAAGAAAGGGCCCAAGGCGCGAGCAAUGCACUUUGAUCUGUUUGGAGGCGACGACGAGAAUGACAUUACGGAGAGGAUGAGCCAACUAACGGCCGAGGAUGAUAGAGACAAGACCGUCCAGCCUGUCCAGCAGCCUCCAGUGCCAAUCGGAAAACCACCAGCCCACCAUAAUCCACGACUGCGAGGACGACGAAAACCAACAUCAAGGAAAAUGGCGGCACUCGGACACGAAAAGCUCGAAGCACUCACACCUCUGCUAUCUCUGGUUCAGCGGGGAGUACAAGACUUUCAAGAAUUCGGUAGAAGCCUCGGAAAGAGAUAUGUCUGUACCAAACUUGGAGAAGGCUCCUUUGCCGAUGUCUUUGAGCUCAGACCGAAAGAAAGCGAAGAGGCCAUCAAAGUCGAAGAGCGCGGAGGCCUGGUAAUAAAGGUCAUUGCUUUCGACGUCGAGAAGUCAGACGAAGCAGACGGCAUCGCCGACAUGGAAUCCAUAAUCCGAGAAGUCCGAGUCUUGUUGGCUCUUGAUCAGAUGCAUGGCUUCGCCCGCUGCAGAGGUGUCCACGUUGUCAGUGGGAAAUAUCCUGAUGUACUCCUCGAGGCAUUUGAAAACUUCAAGGACACAAACGGCAGUGAAGCACAGAACUUGAACCCGACGAACCUUUCUGAACACCAAACGUACGUGAUCAUCGAAAUGGAUCACGCUGGGAUGCCACUUGCCAAGUUGAGCAGUUUGUCCGCGUUCCAAGCUUAUGACAUCUUCUGGAAAACCGCCAUGAUACUCGCCAAUGCUGAAGAGUCACUCGAAUUUGAACACAGAGACUUGCACAACGGCAAUCUCUGCUGCCGACCACGGUCCACGAACGUUGCAAUGGACGUCGCUGACGAACUUGUACAAAACAUGACUGAGGAGCCCCUGACCAAGUUAGGUCUGUCAAACCUCCGAGUCACGAUAAUAGAUUACACUAUUUCGCGAGCCAAAAUCAGCAGCGAGUCCGAAAAAGAAGUCAUCAUCUUCGAUACAAUCAAGUUCUGGGAAGACAAUGACAGCUCCAGCUCACAUCCAUCCGACCAGCGCCAGUACGACACUUACCGGAAGGUACGAGACUGGGCCAAGGCAGUGGGGGCCAAGGUGGAGGCGCUGGCUGAGAUUGAGGAGGACUACGACCAUGAAGCGGUCGAUAAGUACGCAAGGUUCCUACCAAAGUCAAACGUCAUGUGGCUGUUAUAUGUGGCGAGAGAACUUCUGUGGAGACGCGCUGAUGGUAGAGGUGCGAUUGUGACAGGAAGCAGCAAGGUUGCCAGGAGGCUGCAGUUGCUCUUGUGGAGGAAGCUGGAGGCAGUGGCCGCCUACCUCGACGGUAGCCCCAUGCUGAUCCCUGAGAGCGCCGCAGACCUCCUGGCGACCGCUGUCCAACUCGAGUGGUUGAGUAGGGAGGACAUGGUGGCGUUCCGAGCCGAGUUGGAGGAGUAGAGGGGCAAUCGAGGACGAGGAGAUCUUUGUGUCUGUUUGAGUAUAGCAAGGCGUUCAGGAACGGCGGACGACAAGUCAUGAACAUUGAC